UUUCCGGUGUGAUACGAGGGUGCAUACUGCGCUUACAGUUUAAUUCCAUCAGUAGCACAACACUCAGGUUCCAGGACAUCGCGAUCCCAUCGGAAUCUCGCCUGUGUGUCCUGAUCCAGCCUGCAUGUUCGCGUAUCUCAGGAUCUGUCUAAUUAGCGCUCGAUUCGGAAUCUAGAAUAGUGCAAUGACUCGUGUUGCGGUUGUUGGAGCUGGGAUUGUUGGCCUGAGCGCGGCUGUUUGCAUACAGGAACAUGUACCGGAUGCACAGGUGGCGAUCUUUGCAGAUCGGCAGGACGUCGCCACAACCAGUGAUGGUGCGGCGGGGAUUUUUCAUCCGGACUGCGUGGGCGCGGACAACCAGGCCGAUCUCAAACAGUGGAUUGCGGACUCAGCGGAAAAGUACUGGCACGCAUGGAGGACGAAGGAUCCAGUGGAAACAGGAAUAUUUGAAAUAUCCGGUUACAGUGUAUCAAACCAUGACCUUAAGAUGGUGGCCGAUCCCGUCUUCCAUGAGCACUGCCGCAACUACCGGCGUCUGGAGGGCGCCGAGCUGGACGCCGUCGGUGGUGGCCCGUGGCGCUACGGCGCCUUCAAAACCACCCUCAUCACCGAACCCCGUAUCAUGAUGCCGGAUCUAUUUAACCAGUUUCUCGGCAACGGCGGCCAAUUGGUACAGAUGAAGCUGGAGUCGCUGGCACCGUUGACCAGCGGCCAGUGGGACGCCAUCGUCAACUGCAGCGGACUGGGCGCUCGCAACCUAGUCAGUGAUCACUCCAUGUAUCCCAUCCGCGGCCAGGUGAUGCGGGUGCGGGCCCCCUGGAUGAAGCAGUUUUAUUUCGGGGAGGAUGAUGCUUACAUUCUGCCCAAUGCGGAGCUGGUGGUGGUUGGCGGGACAAGACAGAAGAACAACUGGAGCUUGGAGUUGUGCAAAGAGGACCGCGACCGGUUUGUUGAUAAGUGCGCGAAAAUGGUGCCGGGCAUACGGGAAACGUGCAAGGAACCAGUGCGUGAGUGGGUGGGUUUGCGACCCGGCCGACCUACUGUCCGCUUGGAGGAGGAAGCGCUGGCGUACGGCACCGAUCGGUCCAUCCCGGUGGUUCAUAAUUAUGGGCACAGUGGGAACGGUAUCGCCUUAUCAUGGGGAUGCGGAAAACACGUAGCUCGACUGGUCAAGGAUAUUGCUCAAAGGGAAGCAAAUCGUCCAAGAUAUUAGUGUCUUAUGCUAUGGCUUCUUUCUGGAGAGAUUCUCUUGUGAUUUUUAAAGAUCGUUCUGAGUACAUGUACGUAGUACCUGUUACGAGUACUUCAAGUAUAACAGAUGACGGCAGUUAUUGUUAUCGGCUCAAUUCGGAUCGAAUUCGCCUUUGCAUAUGUGAGAGACAAUGGAGAAAUCAAAAGAGUUUGCAAUACAACAGCAACCUUCAAUGAAA